ACUCCAUGAAACCAAAGAAGAAGAGACAUGGUUUCAGUUCCUGACGCGCGAAACUAAGAACGUCAGUUGUUUAAAUCAAAAGUUGACGAUAUUUGCGAUGGACAGUGCAGAAGUCAUCGUCCUCAGUGACGACGAUGAAGACCUGUCGUGUCUCAUAGUGGAGGAAAAAGACGAAAAGAAGCCUGAAGCUGUGUUGUCUACAAGCAGCCUGGAUGAAGACCUGGUGGUUACCUUCUGCCAGCGCGCUGAGGUCCUGCCUCAUGCGCGCUAUGACUGUCCGGUGCAUCCUUUCACGAGCACAGAGUGUGAGACCAGCGCUCCAGUGGACCGAAACAAACUCUUCUGUGAUCAGUGCUUCUGCUACAUUUGUGACAAGCUGGCAGCAUCUUGUGAAAAGUGGUGCCACAGCGGUAUGUGUCACUGCAACAGCCACAAGAAGAGCAAAUUCUGGACUGAGCUCCGAAACAACGCUCUGUUGGGGCGACUGAAGAGCUUCGACCUCACUCUUUUAGAAACAGACUCCCACCUCCGGCACGCAGAGACGAUGUUGCGGAGCUUCACACUGGAGCUUUCCACACUGUUCUCGUUGUUCUUGAAGGGAGAGACGACAUGGCUGAGCAAUUCACACCAGGAGAUUGUCUAUCAUGAUUAUCGACCUGUGUAUGAGUUUGUGACGUCAUUUCUGGACAAAGCAGAUGAAGAGGAGAGCAGAGCUGCAGCCAUCAUGUAUUUGGGAGCUACUGAGGACUUCCUUUCACAUUUUUACCUCGACAGGAUGUUCUUCUUUCCGACAUUUAUGGCAAAUCCUUCUGAGGCCAAAGUGUCAUUACUACAGAGGGUAAUAGCCAAAAUGCAACGACUGAUGGUCAUGGCUAAUUUUUCUACGGUGUUCAUCGACAAACUGCAGGACUUUUAUCAAAGAUUACCUUUCCAGCAGGUGAACAUGAAGAACGUGAGGAACAGCCUGUGUGUGCGUCCCUGGGACGACGUCCUGCUGGUGACGGUGCUGAAAGGACAGAACGUGUCGGGCGUCCGUAAAGACAAAGGGAAGAGGGACGUCCUGAUAGAACAGAUAAACGUGGUUGUGCUGAGAAGUGAAGCUCUGCAGCGUCAGAACAGGCACAGAGACCUGUGUCGAUAUCUGCGAGUUGUCAAGACAGACGAUCCCAAACACUUCCAGCAGCUUCUGGGCCUCAUCCCUUUCUUCAUGUGUGCGGCGGGGGACUUCAGCCCGGCUGCGAAGAGCAUCUUCUCCUCCUUGAACCCCACCGUCGGCAUCACUACGCUCAUCUUCCUCACGUACCUGCGCAUCUUUGAGACGGCGACGGUGCCGAAGGUGAUCGUCUGGCAGCUGCAACAACUUUGCAACCCCAAUGCCACAUGGGAAGCAGUUGAAGGAGCUACACCACUGAAGCGAACCGAGCUGGUGAAGUUUGCUCUCCUGGCUCAGAGAAACUGCUUGAGCAUUUUCGUCGACUCACAGUGUUGGACCAAAUUACUCACGAUCGUCAACACCCCGUCUGGUUCAUCCGGCCCCAUACCGCCUCCCAGCCCGCAGUUCCUACACGAUGCUUGGGACGUUGUGAACUCGAUCCUGCUCGGUCAGGAUGGCUCCAGCAUUCACAUCCCUCGGGACUUUCUGGAGGUUUACCCCGAUCAGGCCUUGUUGCUGCUGGUCACCGGAGCUUUAGCGCUGAGGAUCAGCUCCUGGCUUCUGUUACCAGCUAUACCUGUGAUCAGCACGUUCAAGGAGAACCAGUGGGCUUCCAGGUGGCUGUACGACAACUUGUCCUCCAACGCAGAGCAUUUCAACGCUUUCAUUCAGGGGCUUGCACGGGAGAUGGAAAACACAGCAGGCGGUCCAGCGAUGGAUAAAACGGACUCCUCUCAGGUCACGUCGUCGUCACAGAAGCGGCUUGUGAUCUGACCGAAACUGGACGACCUGAAGCGCACACAACGCAGACAGACGUCUUUUACGUCUUCACUACAAGCGUCAGACCCAAGACUUGAUGCUUCUUCUUUUUUUUUUUUUUCCACCCAUUCUGGACGUUUUGUGUUAAUCUUUCAAACACAACACCAGUGUAAAUUUGAUUUAUGAGAUUUUAUUAUAGUUUAACAGUUGCUUGUAUGGUAAAUCCUCACAUGAGGUAAAAAAGAAGAAAAACUUUGUGUUCCGUGGAUAAAUAAACUGGUUUGC